UCUUUGUGCACUAUUACAAAACAUCAAGUAUUAUGAAACGGAAGGAGUAUUAAAGUUGUUGAAAGUACUUUUUGUUUUUGGAUAUUUUUUCUUCAGUUUAGUUGGGUAAGUUAUGUGUAUUAAGUAAUAAUUCUUAUUAUCCUUAUUAUGUUUGUUAUAUGUUUUUAUUUUAUUUUUAAACUUGUUGCUUUUACCGGACUUUUGAAACAAAUACAUAAAGACCUGUAGAAAUAACUAUAAAAUGAAUGAAAAUUCUGAGUGUUUGGACUUUAAUGAGUUUAAACGAAUUUAUGUAUUUUUCAUAAGAAGACAAUAGGAUUGAUUUAUUUACAAUAGACAUGUAAUCUAUUUUCAUAAGAUAAGAGGAGUGAGCAUGUGGAGAUGUUGUUGCCGCCUUUGAAUAUGUCGGGAUUGUAUCUCCUGGUGUGGUUGUGUUUGUUUCUGUUUUAUUUGAUGGGUAAUAUGUAAACAAAAAUCAUUGUCAGUUGUAUUUAUCAGAGUUCGUAAUUUACUCUGCUUUUUUAUUUAGGUAAUUUCACUGAUCUUGGUUGUCGUCUUCAUCUUCUUCGUAAGCAUCUGCGAAAGUAAUUUUGUAAAUUGGUAAAUAGCUGGCCGUGUAGUUUAUAUUUGUUUAGUUGACUCGAUGUAUGUGUCGUUGAGUUUUAGUUGAGGUGAUUGGUUUGGUAUAUUUGUUUUGAAGUAUAUUUGUAAGAUUAUACAAAAAAAAGAUAAGUAAUGAUUAGUCUUUUUGUGAUUCUAGUUUUUGGUGUUUUGAUUGUUUGGGUUGUUGUGGUUUCUUUUAAGCUGUAAAAUAAAGGUUUGUGUAAAUUAGUUUAAUAAGUAAGGGAGAUAAACAGACGACCAUAGAUCUUGGGAGUAAAAUAUUUUUGAUUAUUGAUGUUAGCACAAUAUAGAUAAUAAUAUAAAGGAAAUUGUGUGUUGAUUGUUUCUUACGGAUCAAUGAGGAGACGGAUAACGACUCGAGUUGUUUUUUUGGUGAGUCAGAGCCCUGGACAUAACAUAUUUUUCAACCACAUCUACGAGUUUAAAUAUCAGUUAUGAUAUCAAAACAUAAUGUAAAUCCAUAUACAAUACGUUAAUAUACUUAAGAGUUCUAGGUUUGUGUUCGCAAUCACUUGGAGAUUGUCGAAUAGUCUAAUUAUGACUGGAGAUUGAUCUCAAGAGCACUUGUGACGACUUCAUCAAUAAUAGUUGGUGAGAUGAAACGAAUGAGGAAUGAAUGAUCAGUUAUCUUGUACAUGCUUGAGCACCUAGCAACCUCAAAACGAUCGACUUUCACAAUGAAACCAACUUUCAAAGAUGACAUGUAAUGAUUAGUACGUCCGGCAGGAUUAAACCCAUGAAUCAUAGAAUCUGUAAAUAAUAGAAACAGAAAAUCAAUUAAAAACAAUUAUGUUAAAUAAAUGUGAUAAAUUGAAGAUUAAUUUACCUUUUCAUCGAGGAAGAGAACAGUGAUUCCCAUAAACUCACUGUCUUUCUUGAAGUUCAGGGAAUCCCAGAAGCGGAGGAGGCCAGAGGCUAUGCUCUAACUACUACGUCCAAGAUGAAAAGACUCGAAGGUUGAGUGACAGACGCCGGUGAUGCCGGUUUGAGAAACUGGAGAGGCAUAGAGAGACAUUUUCUAGAAGAUGAGAAUUAAUGAGUUCUGUGGAUAUAUAGAUUAGGUUCAUCAAAGAUGAGAAUCAUAUAUAUAGAGUUUACAGAGAGACUACAAAUCAGGAACAUUUAUGAUCAAACGAUUUAAGAUGAGGAGAUGAAGAGUUCACCGGUGAAAAAAUAGAUUACGAACAAAUACACGGUGCAAUUCUAUAACUCAGACUUGUCCGAGACAAUAAUAACCCUAACUCAUGUUAAACGAUGAUAGUUUACAAAGUGGGAAAACUAUAAUUGUUGCAAACUUGAAUUUUUUUUCAUAUAACGUAAUGAAUCUCAUUUAAAAAUGAAACACAUAAUAUACUUGUAAGCCUGACCCUCAGAGGAAGCCAAAUAAGCAAAAGCUUCCGACUUUCAUAAAUAUGUAUUAGUUUUGGCUAUCAAUAUACAAAAUAUUCUUUAGUUUAGUGAUAUAAAUGUUAGUGUUUAUAUUUUAAUUAUGUGGAUUCAAACCAUGGGUUAAACAUUUUUUUACACUUUUUUAAGUGGGACUCACACAGAUGUGGCGCGCCGAGGAGUGCAUGCAGAUUUUAAAAUUUCAUGAUUAUGUAUAACACAGACUAUUUGUAUAUGCAUUAAUCUUUUUUUACUAAUGAGAUCAGAUGUUGAUGGUAAUUUAGCUAUAGCUGAUCCAAAAUUUUAUGGUCAGUUUCCGGUAUAGUUAUUAUCCCUAUGGGUAUGGAUGGGCCUGCCUUUAAUUAAGCUUAUGGGACUAAUGAGCCUGUGUCUAACUAAUUUCCAAAAUUACAAAAAGAAAACAAAAAUGUCUCCAGAAAUUUGCGAUUCCCUCUCUCUCUUGUAGAAGAAUUAGGAUAAAAUUCAAGUUCACUUUUGGCGCAAAAUCCCAGAUAUUUUGUUAGCCGGCGAGUUCGUAAACUUCCCAAGUUUCUCUGAAUCAGUCGUCUCCUUCAUAUCGCGAAUUGUGAUACAGAUUGUUUGAUUCCUUCUUUAAUCCGCGCAGCAGCUAGGGACUUCUUCUCCGAUAAUCUCUUCCCUUUCCGGGAAAAAAGUCCGAUCAGAAGCAACAGAUCUAAUAAACUCUAAAUUCUGCUAGAGAGAGAUGAAGUUCAAGGCGUUUCUCACUGAAAACGGAGUGAAUCUCUUAGAGAGAAGGUUCCUUCCCGCGUUUGACAAAAUGGGCAAAACCUGUUACCUCUUCCUCACCAAAGACCACUUGUUCUUCCUCCACAACCUUCUCAACGGCGACGGAGUCCAAUGCAUUGCUCAGUUCCGCAUCGACGUCCUCUUCGACGACUACCGUAUCUCCAGCCAGAACGACGACCGUAUCGCCUUCUCCCUGGACGUUUCUCUUCUCUACCGUGCUGUCAAGAGCAGUGUCAGCAUUUGCACUGAGUUCAGCGGCGGGUUGGCUUCCAAUAGGCUUCAGAUCAAGCUUGUGAAGAAGCUCCCUCAUAACUGUACGCAACCAAUGCCCUUCUUGACGUUUGAGACCAAGGGGUAUAAAUCUGCUGUCAUUCAAGAUGUUCCCAUCUCCAAACCGCUGUCUCGGUCUCAAGUUGUGGAGCUUCAGACAGCUCUUGACUCUGCUCAAGACCUGCCUCCCACUCUUGUUCAGGUCCAGGACCCUAAUCAGUUACAGAACUUUGUGGACCGUAUGAAACAUGUUGGGGAUGUGCUUAAUGUUACGAUAAGCAAGCAUGGUGAUCUUCAGGUGCAGACCUCCACGACAUUGAUAAGGCUUGGCUCUGAGUUUCAGAGGCUUUCGGUUGUUGGAGAGAAGUCUCAAGCUCCUGCUGAGGAUAGGAACUUGAGCGCUCAGACACGGUCAGAGAGAGCGAUUGCAAGAGGAGAUGCUCAGUCUGUGCAGGUGAGUGUUAAGCACUUCUUAAAGAGCCUUCAGUGUCACUUAACCAAACCAGACUCGGCUUUCUAUGGAAUUGCUCCUCAAGGUGCUUGCUUGACUGUCAUCUUCCAGUUCUUGGUUCCAGGGACUCGCCAAACCGACAAGUCUAUCACUUUGCAUUGCAGGCUUCCUGUCUUGGAUACAGGCUCCAACUAAAUCUUAAUGAGUGUUAGUAGUUUGCUUUUAUCAAAAAGACUUUCCGUUAAGACCAUAUAUGUACUACAUUACACUCCCCUACAAGCUCUCAAGCAUCAACAAUUGAACAAAAAGAAAAAGAAAAACCAAAAUCAUAUUCUUACAAAAGAAACAAAGAAUGUGUGAAACCGAACAACAGACACUUUUGUUU